AGAACCAUCAAAUUUUAAGCAAAACCCAAUUGGCAAGGGACUUAAAUUGAGCUUCUUUAGGUACAUUCUUUAGUGGGAGCCAAAAAAAUGGUGAAGCUUGCCUUUGGUAGCAUUGGUGACUCUUUUAGUGUUGGGUCAUUAAAGGCCUACUUAGCUGAGUUUAUUGCUACUUUGCUCUUUGUAUUUGCUGGGGUUGGAUCUGCUAUUGCUUAUAAUAAGUUGACUUCAGAUGCAGCUCUUGACCCAGCUGGUCUAGUAGCAGUGGCUGUGGCUCAUGCAUUUGCCUUGUUUGUUGGGGUAUCCAUGGCAGCCAAUAUCUCAGGUGGACAUUUGAAUCCAGCUGUUACUUUGGGAUUGGCUGUUGGUGGAAACAUCACCAUCUUGACUGGAAUUUUCUACUGGAUUGCCCAAUUGCUUGGCUCUACAGUUGCUUGCCUCCUCCUUAAAUUCGUCACUAACGGUUUGGCUGUUCCAACUCAUGGAGUUGCUGCUGGGCUCAGUGGAAUUGAGGGAGUGGUAAUGGAAAUAAUCAUAACCUUUGCACUUGUCUACACUGUUUAUGCCACUGCAGCAGACCCCAAAAAGGGCUCACUUGGAACCAUUGCACCCAUGGCAAUUGGGUUCAUUGUUGGGGCCAACAUUUUGGCAGCUGGCCCAUUCAGUGGUGGGUCAAUGAACCCAGCUAGAUCAUUUGGGCCAGCUGUGGUUGCUGGUGACUUUUCACAGAACUGGAUUUACUGGGUUGGCCCACUCAUUGGUGGAGGAUUGGCUGGGUUUAUUUAUGGAGAUGUCUUUAUUGGAUCACACACCCCACUUCCAAACUCAGAAGACUAUGCUUAAAAGAAGAAGUCUUCAACAAUGUUUUCUUUGUGUGCUUUAAAUGCAAUGUUGAUUUUAAUUUAAGAUUUGUAUAUUAUGCUAUGCAAGAAGUUUGUUUCCAAUGAAAUAUCCUGUUUGGUUUA